AUGCUAGACAAGUGCCAAAUCGUACCUGCGCUAGCGUCAGCUGUUCAUGGUGUCAUUGAAGAACUUCCACAUCUACCUGAAACGCCUUCGCCACAACUAAAUCGAAGUCGAUUGGCAUCUUCAACGUCUUCGACCACAUCUCCAGCAUUGAUGAAUACUGAAUUACAUUCAACGAAUCACUUUGCUUCUCAAAUAUCUUCGAAUCUAGCAACAAGUUCUCUCUCAUCAAAUGGUUCUCGAACGACUCAACAACUCGAUGUGCGCAAAGCAUUCGCUUAUUUUGAUAAAAAUGGCGAUGGAAGAUUAAGUAUUAAAGAAUUCAAAUCAGUCAUGCAGGAUUUGGGUUAUAAACCUGUUGAUAAACGCUUCAUCAAACAAAUGUUUGCAGAAGCUAAUCGCAACGGCAACGGUCGAUCCUUAGGUUACGAUGAAUUCGUUGAAUUUUUGGAAUCAAAACUAUGUCUGCAACCUAAUGGAACACAUCAAAUCACCACGACAAUGACUCGUGCAUCAAUAACCCAAGAAACAAAUCCUUUCGCUUUACCAAAAAUGCAACUCGAUGUGGAAACCUUAUUCAAUUGCUACGAUUUAGAUAAGAAUGGUUUUAUCGAACCCAAAGAAUUACGUAAAGUAAUGAAGCGGUUAACCGGAGAGAAACUUUCUAAGCAAGACAUUGAAGAAAUGAUAAGUAUCGCCGAUAAGAAUGGCGACGGACUCUUAGAUAAGAGCGAAUUUGCACUGUUAUGCAGUGCAUUCUAA